UGCGGCCGAGCGGGGAAGGUGUCAGGCGCGGGCGGGCAGAGAGCGAGCGAGAUGGUGCAGGGUUCUUGCGUGCGUCUGGGAAAAGCGAGAACUUGAGUUCCUGAAGAUUAGUGGGUGUGGCGGGGAGGUCAAGUGGAAGGGGAUUAUGAAACCCAAUCCCCGAAAGCGCUCUACCUUGCCCCCUUGGGCAAAGGGGGAAAGGGUAAACUGAGGCACGCAGAGGCGGAACUCUGAAACCAGACCUGAGACCACUGAGCUCCCUAGCCCGUCUUCCCAGAAGGAACUCCGGUGUUCCUCGGCUGUGCAAUACCAGACCAUCCCAGACAUUUCCCUCCCCACGCCCCCAGCUCCGCCCUCGGUCCCCUCCCCCCAAUGCGGGUAGGGGGAGGAGACGCAAGUUCUGGCGCGGGCGGCGACGGCUAGCAGUCACCACCUCCCGCAAGUGCCAGAGCCGAGCGGGCUGCGCGGAGGCUGCGGAGCCGGCGGCCGCGGGAGCUGACCCUGCGGGGUCCCGGGGGGGGAGGGGGAGCCGCGAAGCCCCCACUGAGGCCGCCGCUGCCGGGCCUCCCCUCCCCCCCGGGCGGGCGCCAUGCGGGGGAGCCCGGGCGACGCGGAGCGGCGGCAGCGCUGGGGUCGCCUGUUCGAGGAGCUGGACAGUAACAAGGAUGGCCGCGUGGACGUGCACGAGUUGCGCCAGGGGCUGGCCAGGCUGGGCGGGGGCAACCCAGACCCCGGCGCCCAACAGGGUAUCUCCUCUGAGGGUGACGCUGACCCAGAUGGCGGGCUUGACCUGGAGGAAUUUUCCCGCUAUCUGCAGGAGCGGGAGCAGCGUCUGCUGCUCAUGUUUCACAGUCUUGACCGGAACCAGGAUGGUCACAUCGAUGUCUCUGAGAUCCAACAGAGUUUCCGAGCUCUGGGCAUUUCCAUCUCGCUGGAGCAGGCUGAGAAAAUUCUGCACAGCAUGGACCGAGAUGGCACAAUGACCAUUGACUGGCAAGAAUGGCGCGACCACUUCCUGUUGCAUUCGCUGGAAAAUGUGGAGGACGUGCUAUAUUUCUGGAAGCAUUCCACGGUCCUGGACAUUGGCGAGUGCCUGACAGUGCCAGACGAGUUCUCAAAGCAAGAGAAGCUGACGGGCAUGUGGUGGAAGCAGCUGGUGGCCGGCGCAGUGGCAGGUGCCGUGUCACGGACAGGCACGGCCCCUCUGGACCGCCUCAAGGUCUUCAUGCAGGUCCAUGCCUCAAAGACCAACCGGCUGAACAUCCUGGGAGGGCUUCGAAGCAUGGUCCUUGAGGGAGGCGUCCGCUCCCUGUGGCGUGGCAAUGGUAUUAAUGUACUCAAGAUUGCCCCCGAGUCAGCUAUCAAGUUCAUGGCCUAUGAACAGAUCAAGAGGGCCAUCCUGGGGCAGCAGGAGACACUGCAUGUGCAGGAACGCUUCGUGGCUGGCUCCCUGGCUGGUGCCACAGCUCAAACCAUCAUUUACCCUAUGGAGGUGCUGAAGACGCGGCUGACCUUGCGCCGGACGGGCCAGUAUAAGGGGCUGCUGGACUGCGCCAGGCGGAUCCUGGAGAGGGAGGGGCCCCGUGCCUUCUACCGCGGCUACCUGCCCAACGUGCUGGGCAUCAUCCCCUAUGCGGGCAUCGACCUGGCCGUCUAUGAGACUCUGAAGAACUGGUGGCUUCAGCAGUACAGCCACGACUCGGCAGACCCAGGCAUCCUCGUGCUCCUGGCCUGCGGUACCAUAUCCAGCACCUGCGGCCAGAUAGCCAGUUACCCCCUGGCCCUGGUCCGGACCCGCAUGCAGGCACAAGCCUCCAUCGAGGGUGGCCCCCAGUUGUCCAUGCUGGGUCUGCUACGUCACAUCCUGUCCCAGGAGGGCAUGCGGGGCCUCUACCGGGGGAUCGCCCCCAACUUCAUGAAGGUUAUUCCAGCUGUGAGCAUCUCCUAUGUGGUCUACGAGAACAUGAAGCAGGCCUUGGGGGUCACGUCCAGGUGAGGGACCCGGAGCCCGUCCCCCCGAUCCCUCACCCCCCACACCUCAGCCACUGGAGACUGACGAUCCAACCACAGGAUCCCUACUCUUUGGCCACGAGAUCCCAGUACCCAGAUCUUGGAUCCUAGACUCCUAUGCCCCAACCACUGGGUCAUGGAUCCCCACCCUUCAGCCACUAGAUCCCAGAUCCUCCUGUAACCAUAACUGUGGAUCCCUUACUUCAGCAGCUCAAGUCUGCUACCCUAACCACAAGAUCCAAGAUUAUCCACACCCCAGCCCUUAAUCCCCAUCGCCCAAAUCACUGGAUCCUGCAGCCCCACAUCCCAAGGUGGAUCCCACACUUCCCUGCGCCUCCUACUGGAUCCUGGACCUCCACGUCUUAACCACUGGAUCCCACACAAAUCAGUGAAUGGAUCCCGACACCCCAACCACAGAAGCACGGAUUCCCUGUACCUCAACACCCAGACCCUGCCUCCCUCAGGCACCAGAUCCAGUGUCCUAGUGAAACACUGGAUCUUAGAUCCCCAAACCCAGAUCCCCAUGCCUCGAGCCCUGGAUCUCCAAGCUCAGCUGCUGGAUUCUGGAUGUCAACAAACCUCACCACUGCAUCCUGACAACCACAAUGCCUGGAUCCUGGGGCCCCCAUCACUGGAUCCCAGAUCCCCUCACCCCAUCCACUGGAUUCCUGCACUGGUUUUUUGUUUUUUGUUUUAACUUCGACACUGGGUCUCAGAUCCUUCUGCUCUGACUGCCAGAUCCCUACAUUUCAGGCACUACACCUUCCACCCCCAGGCACUGGAUCCCAGAUUCCUAAGCCCCCACCCACCAGAUUCUGGCUCCUAAAACAAGUGCGGGGGCCCCAGUGGCACAGCAAGUGGAUCCUGGCAAAUGCAGCUGCUGGAUUCCAGAUUCUGGAUCCCCAGUCCCUCUGCCCAGUCCCUCAAUGUUGAAACCUCAUCUCUUGAAGGCAGACCCUGAUAUUCCAAGGCACUGAAUCCCAAGCCCUUAACCCCUGGUUUCUGAUCUGAAUCUUCCAGGCGCCGGGUCCCACAUGUUCAGGCCCCAAGUCUAGAUCCUGGCAGCCCAGUCACACAGUAUCCCACACACACUGAUGCCCAGAGCCGACUUCUCAUGACAUGAAAUUGCAUGGUCGAGAGAGCCUGUGGGGAAGGAAGCCCAGAUCCUGGCUGCGACCUGCACGGAUGCUGGAUUCCCCCUCACCCCACCUCUGCAUGGCCACCCCCUCCUGGAACCACUCCACUCCCUGCAUCCACACACUUCACAGCAUCUUCCAUCCCCCUCCCACCUUCUAGGCAAAGAGUCCCCAGAGCUGUGUCCCUCCAAGGGGUCCGAGGAAUCACUCACUCCUGGAGGCUGGCAAGGAGACAGUCUGAGGCCAGGGACCCAUGAAGGGGUGUCCCCACCCCAGCACUACCAGCACCUCCCCAGGCUUCCAGAGUUGAAAACCAGGAGAAAAUUGGCAAAGACCACCCUUCUGUAAACCCAAGCACCCGAUGAUGCAAAAAACAAAACAAAAAAACCGCCAAAUCCCCAAAUUCAUUCCAGAUCUAUUUUUCUACCAGAGAGAGGAUCAAAGUCCUCCUCCCCUACGCCCGUACAUUCUGCACUUCAUAGUUGGAUUCUGAGCUUAGGAUAAUCCGGAGACCCCAUGGAGGGACUUGGAAAGGGGAACUGGGAUUUGGGGAGGGGCUGGAGGACUUCCGCACGCUUCCACCUCCUUCGACCUCCACCGCGCCGCAACUCCCUGCCUGUGUGUGUUAUUUCAAAGGAAAAGAACAAAAGGAAUAAAUUUUUCUAAGCUCUUU